UUUCUGUUCGAUGCUGAUUGGUCAAUUCAAAGAAAUAGUACAAGAUUUCAUUGGUGAUCACUUUUUCACUACAUGAAAAAGUCCAAUCACGUUUAAUUUCUCUAGAUGUCAAAUAUCAUGAAAUGGAAAACAUAUUUGUCAAUGGAAGGCGGUUGAAUGUUGUGCGUUUGUUUGUUUAUUUUGAGAAAUAGAAAUUAAGAAUAACACCGGCCAAUUAGUACGUGAAAGCAGAUAUAAAAUAUACAAUCAUAAUGCCGAGUGAAAUGAUAACAUUGCAGCUGGGCCAAUGUGGCAAUCAGAUUGGCUUUGAAUUUUGGAAACAACUAUGUAUAGAGCACGGUAUAUCGCCUGAAGGAAUCCUUGAGGAGUUUGCAUCGGCAGGAUCCGAUCGCAAAGAUGUGUUUUUCUAUCAAGCCGACGAUGACCACUACAUCCCAAGGGCUGUGUUGCUGGACCUGGAACCUCGUGUUAUACACACUAUCAUGAACUCUCCAUACGCAAAGCUCUACAAUCCUGAGAAUGUUUACUUAUCAAAACAUGGUGGAGGAGCAGGAAACAACUGGGCAUCUGGUUUUGCUCAGGGAGAGAAACUCAAUGAAGAGGUUUUUGAUAUUAUCAACAGAGAAGCUGAUGGCAGUGAUAAUUUGGAGGGUUUUGUGCUGUGUCACUCGAUAGCUGGUGGUACAGGGUCAGGCAUGGGCUCGUACAUCCUGGAACACUUGUCGGACAGGUUUCCGAAGAAACUUGUGCAGACGUACAGUGUGUUUCCUAAUUUGGAUGAAAUAAGUGACGUAGUAGUCCAACCAUACAACUCGCUUCUCACCCUGAAGCGGCUGACGGAAAGCGCCGACUGCGUGAUGGUGCUGGACAAUACAGCGCUGAACCGUAUCGCCAGCGACCGCUUGCACAUACAGAACCCCUCGUUCGCUCAGAUCAACACAUUGGUGUCUACGAUCAUGAGCGCCAGUACCGCCACAUUAAGGUAUCCAUCAUACAUGAACAACGACCUCAUCAGUCUGGUCGCGCCGCUGAUCCCAACACCGCGGCUGCAUUUCCUGAUGACGGGCUACACUCCUCUUACAGCAGACCACGAAUUAAAUACUGCGCCGAAAAUUCGAAAAACCACUGUCCUCGAUGUGAUGCAGAGACUGCUACAGCCAAAGAACAUGAUGGUGUCCCUAAGUCCUGACAGAACAAAUCAGCACUGCUACAUAUCAAUACUGAAUAUUAUACAGGGCGAGGUGGACCCAUCGCAAGUGCACAAGUCGUUACAGCGGAUUCGCGAGCGGAAACUUGCCUCGUUCAUCCCGUGGGGCCCGGCCUCCAUCCAGGUGGCCCUGUCGCGUCGUUCACCGUACGUGCACGCCUCGCACAAAGUUUCGGGCCUGCUGCUCGCUAACCACACGAAUAUUUGCUCGCUGUUCGACCGCUGCCUACAACAGUACGACAAGUUGCGCAAGCGCGAGGCGUUCCUGGAGGUGUUCCGCAAGGAGCCGAUGUUCCGCGAGUCGCUGGAGGAGUUCGACGAGUCGCGCGCCGUCGUCGACGACCUCGUGCGCGAAUACCAAGCCGCCGCCACGCCCGAAUAUGUGCAUUGGAACCCGGAGAGCAGUCAAAUAUAACAGAUGAUGAAAUGAUUAAUAUUGGGACUAAGAUGUAACGAGAAGAAUAGUAUUCCAGGAAGUGAAGAGGAAAACGAGAGAAGU